CCGCCAAGCGGGGUCCCGCGGGCCGACAGCGCCCUGGCUGCCGGGGGGCUGCCGGAAACGGAUGUCCCGGGGACCCUCCCCCCGCACCCCGCCCGGUGAACGGCAGGGCGGGGGGGGGAGAGCAGGGAGGGAGCGGCUUCCCGGUUACUGGGGCCUCGCUGCUUCAGACGGGGCUUGUCCCCGGCGCUGCGGUAACCCGGGGGCUUCCGGGAUUCACUCGGGCUUUGGGGCGUGCCCCCAUCGCCCCCGGGGCGGGCGGCUCCCGCGCACCGACGGCCGCCGGAGGCCGCGGGGCGGCACGGGCAGGCGCGGCCGCCGUAUUCCCGGCUGCGGUAUUCCCGGCCUUGUCCUUGCCCUGCCCCGCCGGGGCAAGGCCCGGAGUUCGCGCUGGCCAGGCUCGGGCCAGCAUCCCCGCCUCGGGGGUCCCCGAGCGGGACCAGCCCGGCCGCGGACACCGGCCCAAGGACCGGGGUGCGAGCUCUGGGCCGGGCCGGGCCCGGCUUUGCCGCACCGCCCUGCCCACCCUGCCGGGGCGCGUGGGAGAGCGGGUGGGAAGAGUGUCUGCAUCCCGCUGCGUGGUUUUGGGUGGGGACGCGAGCGGACACCCUCCCGUGGCCGCACCGAAGCCGGGGAGGUCACUACAGCAGCUCCCACCGGAACGGACAUCUGGACAUGGACCCCCGGGAUGGGGCGCUGGAGUGGGACUCGUGCAGGGUGGGACUGGCCCCCAUCGGGGAAAGGCGUGCGUCCCCACCGUGUCCCGGUUGGAGCAGCUAACCAGGCAAGGGAAACCCUGCCCCAUCCUCUGCCUGUUCCCUGCCGGAUCCUGCCCGCGCCCCUGCAAGCUCCCCGUCCCUUUGAAUCUGCCGGCAGGAUGUCUACAUGCUUCUGCCGUGCCUUCAUCGCUGGCUGUUAGACCCAUAUUUGGUAGCAAUAAUUGUUUACUCCCUUCUUCUCUCUCCCGGAGCCUCGCUGCUCAGAAGGGGAGGGGACAUAUUUUUCGGAUUUUUAUCUUUAUCGGAACCUGUGAGUUGCCCAGUAAAGGGUUUGAACCCCACAUCUCCCCCCACAGAACAUGGGGUGAAACGCCCCAGGUGCUAAAUGAGCCGUUCAUGGUGCGUGAGGAGCACCGGCCAAGUGUGCAAGUUGCUGAACAGCAGCAGAAGGAAUUUGGUGCUUCCCGAAGUGACACGUCCCAGCAGAUUUAGGGAAGGGGAGUGAGAAAGCUGAGUAAGAGAGAAUGGGGACCUGUGGGGCACCCUUGUUUCCGGAACUGAGCUUUGCUGGCCACUGGGUGGAAAAGACCCUAAAAACUCAGCCCCGUUCUCCUCUUGCUUUCCCCUUUCUGCCUGUCCGGCAGUGCAGUGCUGGGCAAGUCACUUGCCCUGGGAAGCAUAUGUGCCUGGAUCAGGGUACCUAGUGGUUUCCACAGGUCGUGAGAGCACCCAGUGCACCCCAGCACCUGCUUUUUGGGUCCUGUGCCAGAGGCCCAGCUCACGAAGAACUCAGCAGAGGCUGUAGCUGGAGUCCCCCUUGUCCCCAUGCCUGCCUUGGCAGUGGGCAGUCUGGAGGUGCCACAGUUUUUGCUCCAUCCCUUUGGAGGGCAGGGGAUGUCCACAGGAGCAGACAGGCCUGAGGGUGCAUGUGAAACAUGGGCAGUUAAAGGCCAGAGCUGGUUCAGCUCAUUGCAAGCGAGCAGGCAGGAGGUGACGGCUGUGAUCCCCCAGCCCAGCUGCCCGUCGGCUGCCCAUUUCCCACGCAGAGCAGGGCUGCUUCCCUGUGAGGGUGAGAGGAUGCUCCUGUCCCAACCAUGGGUGACAGCUGAGUGGUCACAGGGGUGCUGUGUCUGGCCUUGCCAGCUGCUCAUGCUCCCCAAGCUCAUGCAAGCUUGGCCUCAGCAGAAGAGAAGAAACUGCUUUCCCAUCUGACAUGUACGUGCAGCUGGGAAAGAGGAACUGGGCAGAGCAUGUGGCACCAUCGCCAGCUGGGGCUGCUGGCUCAGCCUUCCCGUUCCCGUGUCUGCCCCCAGUGCCUUCUGUGGCUGCGUGUACUGGUCCCAUACUGGGGAACCCAGCUAGAGCCUGGUCCAGCUUCUUACUAGCUUAAUUUUGACCCAUUUGAUUGUGUAGAUGCCAACAUACCAGCCAAGCCACUGCUGACAGGCAUUGCAUUUUGGAUGCUUGCUACCUGCCUGGCUGUGCCAGUGGCCAUAGUGAUGGGGCCCCAUGUCUGUGGAAAACCCUGGCACUGUGGUGGUUUGCAGGUAAUAAAGCUUUCUGCAGUCCAGAGGUGGUCAGGAGUGGGGUCUUUCCCAGGUGAAAUUGGGUAUUGCUGUAAAGAAAAAAAAACAACCCUCAAACCUCAUCUGGAGUAUCCCUUAGAAAGGGCGUAUUAAAAAUGGCAAAAUUGUUGCAUUUGAAGAUUUUUCAUCUUGUUCUAGAAACUCGCCACGAGCGUUCCAGCAGGCUGCAGCUGAAUUUUGGUUGAUUUUUUUUUUUUUUGGUCAUUUUAAGACACAAACCCUCCUCUGUAGCCGUUACUGCAGCACUGAACUCGGCCGACACAAAUAUAGCAGUUACGUCACGUGACGGAAAACUCGCUGUCAGUGGUCCCAGCAGAGACAUAGUGGCUCCUCAGGCCGGCACAGUGCUGCCUGCACUGACCCUGCCUGUGCUGACCCUGUCCUUACACCUCCACCACUGCUUUGGUUUUGUUCACCUAUUGUGGGGUGAGACGGGAGGAAGCCGCAACAACUCCUCAGGGAAGUGGUGGGACCCCACCAAGGCCUCCUUCCCACCCCCUCAUUGUUUUGGGAUCAGCUGAGGAACGUGCCUGUGGUUCAAAGGGUUGCACUCAGCUUGGUGUAAAAUGCAGAAGUGUGUUAAUCCAGCUGCUCCGAUGCCCUUUGCAUAGUGACAACUGAUUGCAAAUGGAUGCGCUUGCUCUGGAGGUGAGACAGCACAGAAAUCUGGUGUGUGUUCAUCAAGACUUGGUUUGUUUGGGGUUUUUUGGUUUUUUACUUUCCAGGGGAACAGCUUGAAUUUCACUGUCCUUUUAUUUUUCUGGUUUGUGCUGCCAGGCUCCCACGCUGUCUCAUCCGUUAUGUCUAGUCCAGCUUUUCCUUCCCCACGCGGUUCCCAGCAGGGAGAGGUCUGCAGGGGUUGAGCCCUGAAUUGGUGCCCUCAGAGCAGGCAGAGGAUUUGCAAACCUCAUGUGAUUAAUUGCCACAUUUGCUGACAAAUCUCUCCAGGGUUUCAGGAGGUGUCCUUCAUGCAGCAGGGAGCAUUUCGGCUUUAGACGCUGCUGUCAGCAAAGUUCAGCUGCUGGAGCCUGAACUUUUUCCACAGAAUAUGGGAAUUAAAGUGAACCACCUACCCUUUCUCUGAGGUCUUCCUUGAUGUUGUCAGCAUCUUCCCUGCCUAGCUCUGUCGUUUUUGUAAGAGUUUGAGAGUGGGAAGGCUUGAGCAGUCACCUUCCCCAUCUUCCUGUGAGGUCUUGGAAAGCAUGAUGGCCCUUGUGAAGGGUGUGCUAAGGGGUACCAGUGGUGCAGUGCUGGAUUUUGGGUGACUUUGGGAGGGCAAGAAGAGGAUGCAGAAAUGGCAGCCUGGCUCCUCUCAGUUCCUCUCUACUGUCCGGCGUCCUCCCCUCCCCUUCCUCUAUGGUCUCUGACCUUGUCGUGGCGGUGGCAUGUUCUCCUUUUCCUGCAGAGAGAUGGAAAGCAGCUUUAUGCUCAACUUGAGAAUAUUUUUAGAUAUAGAGAAGUUGGCCUGGUGACCGCAGCAGCCCGCCCUGCAUAUAAAAUACUUGGAAAACCCUUUCCAUGACAGGGUGUUCCUCGUUUGUUCAGCUCACAGUUUUGCUGGUGCUUCUGGAGAGAUGGCAAUGGCAUGGGCGGGUGCCUCUGCCACCUCAUUCCCUGUGCCGAUGGGCUCCCUUGCUCCGGACCCGAAAUGCAUUUCAUUCCUCAGCAGCGGAGACAGUGGGGGCCACGGGCCUCCGCAGAAACAUUGCAGAACGGCUCAGGAAUGCAGAGCUGGAGCGGCUCCAUGUGCUGGCGGAGGCGGCACGCUCCUUGGUCCCUGCCUCCCACUCCGCAUGCUGGUGAGCAUGGCUCCCUGGUUCUGCAGGAGCAGAGCCCCUGCCCUCUGACUCCUGGCCAAAACUGGAUGCAGAUCCUGCCCCUAGUCAGCUCAGGACAGUGUUUGGGAACAGCCUCCACUGAUGUACCCCAUUCCAGGGGACGAGUUGGCAGCGCUGGGCAGGGAUGCACAGACUCACUGUGGGCUGCUGCAGUGCAAGGAAGGCUGCCAGCACAUUUUGCCCAAGAACCUUCCCAGGCCAAGCUGAGGAUGCACGAUAAGCUUUCCCUGACAGCCUUAAUAGGAAGCCUGGUAGGAGCAAAUCAAUCUAAAAGAGAACACGCAGAUGUGGUGCAUCCCACACUGUAUCCUCCCACCACUGGGGUUUAAGGACAAGGCAGCUUGAGUCGGCAGAACAGGGGGACUCCUCCUAGUGAGCAGUCUCUGAGAGAGAGGAAAAGGCAUGUCACUCCUGGAGAGCAUCAGGUUGGGGCCUGAUGCUUCAGGCUGGACCAAGCUUGGUUGCUGUUUCAGAUGGUGUGGUGCUGCUCUGGCAUGCCCUUGCCAUGGCUGGUCCCUUGCCCUCCUAUGCAUCAUCCUGUGCACAGGCUCCCCAGCCCUGGGUUUGUGCCAGUAGCUGCUGCCCCAGACCCUGAUCUCUGAGCACUCCCUGGGUGUGAGUGGUGCUUUCCACAGGUAAUUGUAUUUAACAUGUGAGGUCUGUCCCUGGUGCCCUUAUCUUGCCUCCCUGAGCAGCUUCAGGCUUUUCCGUCCCUCUAUGCUCAGGGUGCCAGCUCAGCAUGCUCUGCUGGUGGCAUGGAGGGCCCUGAUAGCUGGGGCAGGGGCCUGCCAGCUCUGGGUCAAAGCUUGGUUUUCCUCUUGUGGCUUCUGUGUCAUCACAGGUUUAAUUAUAACUCCUUCCAUCGUGCUCUCCCACAGUUUUUUAUCUCGUGUUCUCCCGCAUGCUCACUUCCUCCUCUCUGGCAGCAUCUCCGCUGGGUACCAGCUGCUGUCACUCCAGCAAGUGAGUAAAAUUGCCUUUGGGACCUUGGCAUGAGGAGGCGAGGGUCCCAGUGCUGGCUGGACAUCCCAGCAUCUGGAAAGUGGGAUCCUCUCACAGGCUCACCAGCACAGGGUGCUUGCCAGUAGAAUCUGGGUCCCAGUUUUCAGGGAGCAGGGGUGCCGCUGGAGGAGGAGGAGGAAGGACUCUGUACACCGGAGGGGUCAGCAGCCACAGCUCACCCGUCCGUGUCCUCCGGCAGGUGACGCAGGAGUGGGGACAGCCCAGCCGCCACCAUGGUUGCCCUCUCGCUGAAGAUCAGCAUUGGCAAUGUGGUGAAGACGAUGCAGUUCGAGCCCUCCACCAUGGUGUACGACGCCUGCCGCAUGAUCCGUGAGCGGGUGCCCGAGGCCCAGAUGGGACAGCCCAAUGAUUUUGGGCUGUUCCUCUCGGAUGAAGACCCAAAGAAAGGAAUCUGGCUGGAGGCUGGGAAGGCCCUGGACUACUACAUGCUUCGCAAUGGGGAUACCAUGGAAUACAAGAAGAAGCAGCGGCCCCUGAAGAUCCGCAUGCUGGAUGGGACAGUGAAAACGGUGAUGGUGGAUGACUCCAAAACUGUCACGGACAUGCUCAUGACAAUCUGUGCCCGAAUUGGCAUCACAAACUAUGAUGAGUACUCGCUUGUUCGGGAGAUUAUGGAAGAGAAGAAGGAGGAGGUUACUGGCACCCUCAAGAAGGACAAGACCCUGCUGCGAGAUGAGAAGAAGAUGGAGAAGCUCAAGCAGAAAUUGCACACAGAUGACGAGCUGAAUUGGCUGGACCAUGGCCGGACCCUGCGCGAGCAAGGCAUUGACGACAAUGAAACGCUGCUGCUGCGGCGCAAGUUCUUCUACUCUGACCAGAACGUGGACUCGCGAGAUCCUGUGCAGCUCAACCUGCUCUACGUGCAGGCUCGUGACGACAUCCUGAACGGUUCCCACCCUGUCUCCUUUGACAAAGCCUGCGAGUUUGCUGGCCACCAGUGCCAGAUCCAGUUUGGGCCACACAACGAGCAGAAGCACAAGCCAGGCUUUCUGGAGCUCAAGGAUUUCCUGCCUAAGGAGUACAUCAAGCAGAAAGGGGAGCGCAAGAUCUUCAUGGCCCACAAGAACUGCGGGAACAUGAGCGAGAUUGAGGCCAAAGUUCGCUAUGUGAAACUUGCCCGUUCCCUCAAGACCUACGGGGUCUCCUUCUUCUUGGUCAAGGAGAAGAUGAAGGGGAAGAACAAGCUGGUGCCACGGCUGCUGGGGAUCACCAAGGAGUGUGUGAUGCGUGUGGAUGAGAAAACCAAGGAAGUGAUUCAGGAGUGGAGCCUGACCAACAUCAAGCGUUGGGCAGCCUCACCCAAGAGCUUCACCCUGGAUUUUGGAGAUUACCAGGAUGGUUACUACUCAGUGCAGACGACGGAGGGGGAACAGAUCGCCCAGCUGAUUGCUGGCUACAUAGAUAUCAUCCUGAAAAAGAAAAAGAGCAAAGACCACUUUGGGCUGGAGGGGGAUGAGGAGUCCACCAUGCUGGAAGAUUCUGUGUCUCCAAAGAAGUCGACAGUCUUGCAGCAGCAGUUUAACCGUGUAGGCAAGGCGGAGCUGGGCUCAGUGGCCUUGCCAGCCAUCAUGCGGACGGGGGCUGGAGGGCCAGAAAACUUCCAGGUGGGCACGAUGCCGCAGCCUCAACUGCAAAUCACCAGUGGCCAGAUGCACCGAGGGCACAUGCCUCCCCUGACCUCAGCCCAGCAAGCUCUGACUGGCACCAUCAACUCAAGCAUGCAGGCUGUGCAUGCAGCUCAGGCCACGCUGGACGACUUCGAGACCUUGCCACCCCUCGGGCAGGAUGCUGCAUCCAAAGCUUGGCGCAAAAACAAAAUGGAUGAGUCUAAGCAUGAGAUCCACUCCCAAGUGGAUGCUAUCACUGCUGGCACAGCCUCAGUGGUCAACCUCACUGCAGGGGAUCCAGCAGACACGGACUAUACCGCCGUGGGCUGCGCUGUCACCACCAUCUCUUCCAACCUGACGGAGAUGUCCAAGGGCGUGAAGCUGCUGGCUGCGCUGAUGGAAGACGAGGGAGGGAAUGGGCGGCAGCUUCUGCAGGCAGCCAAGAACCUGGCCAGUGCCGUCUCAGACCUGCUGAAAACAGCACAGCCUGCCAGCGCUGAGCCUCGCCAGAAUCUCCUGCAGGCUGCCGGCCUCGUGGGCCAGACCAGCGGGGAGCUGCUGCAGCAGAUCGGGGAGAGCGACACCGACCCCCGGUUCCAGGACAUGCUUAUGCAGCUGGCGAAGGCAGUGGCCAGUGCUGCUGCUACACUAGUGCUCAAAGCCAAGAACGUGGCUCAGAAAACGGAAGACGCAGCGCUGCAGACACAGGUGAUCGCUGCAGCCACCCAGUGCGCCCUCUCCACCUCCCAGCUCGUGGCCUGCACCAAGGUUGUGGCUCCCACAAUCAGUUCCCCAGUCUGCCAGGAGCAACUGAUUGAGGCUGGCAAGUUGGUGGCCAAGUCAGCUGAGGGCUGCGUGGAGGCCUCCAAGGCAGCCACCAGUGAUGACCAGCUCCUGAAGCAGGUGGGGGUGGCAGCCACGGCUGUCACCCAGGCCCUCAAUGACCUGCUGCAGCACAUCAAGCAGCACGCCUUGGGCGGGCAGCCCAUCGGGCGCUACGACCAGGCCACUGACACCAUCCUCAACGUCACCGAGAACAUAUUCAGCUCCAUGGGCGAUGCAGGGGAGAUGGUGCGUCAGGCUCGUAUUCUAGCCCAGGCCACCUCAGACCUUGUCAAUGCCAUCAAAGCCGACGCUGAGGGAGAGACUGACCUGGAGAAUUCACGCAAGCUUCUGAGUGCAGCCAAGAUCCUGGCUGAUGCCACUGCCAAGAUGGUGGAGGCUGCGAAGGGAGCUGCAGCCCACCCAGACAGUGAGGAGCAGCAGCAGCGGCUGCGCGAGGCAGCAGAGGGGCUGCGCAUGGCAACCAAUGCCGCAGCCCAGAAUGCCAUCAAGAAGAAGCUCGUACACAAGCUGGAGCAUGCAGCCAAGCAGGCCGCCGCCUCCGCCACCCAGACCAUCGCUGCCGCGCAGCACGCCUCCUCCUCCAACAAGAACCCUGCUGCCCAGCAGCAGCUGGUGCAGAGCUGCAAGGUGGUGGCAGAGCAGAUCCCAAUGCUGGUUCAGGGUGUGCGUGGAAGCCAGUCCCAGCCAGACAGCCCCAGCGCCCAGCUGGCUCUCAUUGCUGCCAGUCAGAACUUCCUGCAGCCUGGUGGGAAGAUGGUAGCUGCAGCCAAGGCCACUGUCCCCACCAUCACGGACCAAGCCUCUGCGAUGCAGCUCAGCCAGUGUGCCAAGAACUUGGCUGCAGCUCUGGCUGAGCUCCGCACAGCAGCCCAGAAGGCUCAGGAGGCGUGCGGACCCCUGGAGAUAGACUCUGCACUGGGUCUGGUGCAGAGCCUGGAGAGGGACUUGCAGGAAGCCAAGGCAGCUGCCCGCGAUGGCAAGCUCAAGCCUCUGCCAGGAGAGACGAUGGAGAAGUGUGCCCAGGACCUGGGGAACAGCACCAAAGCCGUCAGCUCCGCCAUCGCUCACCUCCUGGGAGAGGUGGCCCAGGGCAAUGAGAACUACACAGGAAUCGCUGCCCGGGAAGUGGCCCAGGCCCUGCGCUCGCUCAGCCAGGCUGCCCGUGGUGUGGCGGCCAACACCUCCAACCCGCAGGCACAGAAUGCCAUGCUGGAGUGUGCCAGCGACGUCAUGGAUAAAGCCAACAACCUCAUCGAGGAGGCGCGAAAGGCAGUGGCCAAGCCUGGUGACCCAGAGAGCCAGCAGCGCCUGGCCCAGGUGGCCAAGGCAGUGUCACAGGCCCUGAACCGCUGCGUUAACUGCCUGCCAGGGCAGCGUGAUGUGGAUGCUGCCAUCCGCAUGGUGGGAGAGGCCAGCAAGAGGCUGCUCGCGGAUUCGUUUCCUCCCAGCACCAAGAGCUUCCAGGAGGCACAGAGCCAGCUGAACCAGGCAGCUGCAGGGCUCAACCAGUCUGCCAACGAGCUGGUGCAGGCAUCACGUGGCACCCCUCAAGACCUGGCCAAGUCCUCUGGCAAAUUUGGGCAGGACUUCAAUGAGUUCCUGCAGGCAGGAGUGGAGAUGGCCGGCCAGUCCCCGAAUAAGGAAGACCAGGCACAGGUGGUGUCGAACUUGAAGAGCAUCUCCAUGUCCUCCAGCAAGCUGCUGCUGGCUGCAAAGGCUCUCUCUGCUGACCCUGCAGCCCCCAACCUCAAGAAUCAGCUGGCAGCAGCGGCACGGGCUGUGACUGACAGCAUUAACCAGCUGAUCACCAUGUGCACCCAGCAGGCCCCAGGCCAGAAGGAGUGUGACAAUGCCCUGCGGGAGCUGGAGACGGUGAAGGAGCUGUUGGAGAACCCCACCCAGACUGUCAAUGACAUGUCCUACUUCAACUGCCUCGACAGCGUCAUGGAGAACUCCAAGGUGCUGGGUGAGUCCAUGGCUGGCAUCUCCCAGAAUGCCAAGAACAGCAAACUGCCUGAGUUUGGGGAUUCCAUCAGUGCCGCCUCCAAAGCUCUUUGUGGGCUGACAGAGGCAGCUGCCCAGGCUGCCUACCUUGUGGGAGUGUCAGACCCCAAUAGCCAGGCUGGACAGCAGGGCUUGGUAGACCCCACUCAGUUUGCCAGAGCUAACCAAGCCAUCCAAAUGGCCUGCCAGAACCUGGUGGACCCUGCCUGCACCCAGUCCCAGGUGCUGUCAGCAGCCACCAUCGUAGCAAAACACACCUCAGCCCUGUGCAACACGUGCCGCCUGGCCUCCUCCCGCACCGCCAACCCCGUGGCCAAGCGCCAGUUUGUCCAGUCGGCCAAGGAGGUGGCCAACAGCACAGCUAACCUGGUGAAAACCAUCAAGGCCCUGGAUGGCGAGUUCAAUGAGGAGAACCGGGAGCGGUGCCGUGCUGCCACCGCCCCUCUCAUAGAGGCUGUGGAUAACCUGACAGCCUUCGCCUCCAACCCGGAGUUCGCCACCGUUCCUGCCCAGAUCAGCCCAGAGGGGCGCAGAGCCAUGGAGCCCAUUGUGUCUUCAGCCAAGACCAUGCUAGAGAGCUCCGCUGGCCUCAUCCAGACUGCCCGUUCUCUGGCUGUCAAUCCCAAGGACCCACCGCAGUGGUCAGUGCUGGCUGGACACUCACGCACUGUCUCAGACUCCAUCAAGAAGCUGAUCACCAACAUGAGGGACAAAGCUCCAGGACAGCGCGAGUGUGACGAGGCCAUUGAGGUCCUGAACAGAUGCAUGCGGGAGGUGGACCAGGCCUCCCUUGCUGCCAUCAGCCAGCAGCUGGCCCCCCGAGAAGAUAUCUCCCAGGAGGCUUUGCACAACCAGAUGAUCACAGCUGUCCAGGAGAUCAGCAACCUGAUCGAGCCUGUGGCCGGUGCAGCGCGAGCCGAGGCAUCGCAGCUGGGGCACAAGGUGUCUCAGAUGGCUCAAUAUUUUGAGCCUCUCAUUAUGGCAGCCAUUGGCGCUGCCUCCAAAACGCCCAACCACCAGCAGCAGAUGAACCUCCUGGACCAGACCAAAACACUGGCUGAAUCUGCCCUGCAGAUGCUGUACACAGCCAAGGAGGCUGGUGGGAACCCCAAGCAAGCUGCUCACACCCAGGAGGCUCUGGAAGAGGCUGUGCAGAUGAUGAAGGAAGCAGUGGAGGACCUGACCACCACCCUGAAUGAGGCAGCCAGUGCUGCAGGUGUUGUAGGAGGCAUGGUGGACUCCAUUACCCAAGCCAUCAACCAGCUGGACGAGGGGCCCAUGGGUGAGCCAGAGGGCACCUUUGUGGACUACCAGACCACAAUGGUGAAGACGGCCAAGGCCAUCGCUGUGACUGUGCAGGAGAUGGUCACCAAAUCCACCACCAACCCAGAUGAGCUGGGCACACUGGCCAAUCAACUCACCAAUGACUAUGGGCAGCUGGCACAAGAGGCCAAGCCGGCUGCUCUCACUGCCGAGAAUGAGGAGAUUGGCUCCCACAUCAAGCGCCGGGUGCAGGAGCUGGGCCACGGCUGUGCCGCCCUGGUCACCAAGGCUGGAGCCCUGCAGUGCAGCCCCAGUGACGCCUACACCAAGAAGGAGCUGAUAGAGAGUGCACGCAAGGUUUCCGAGAAGGUUUCUCACGUGCUGGCAGCUCUUCAGGCUGGGAACCGUGGGACACAAGCCUGCAUCACAGCAGCCAGUGCUGUCUCUGGCAUCAUUGCUGACCUUGACACCACCAUCAUGUUUGCUACAGCAGGAACCCUCAACCGGGAGAACUCGGAGACCUUCGCUGACCACAGGGAGGGCAUCUUGAAGACAGCCAAGGCGCUUGUGGAGGACACCAAGGUGUUGGUGCAGAAUGCCACAGCCAGCCAGGAGAAGCUAGCCCAGGCUGCCCAGUCCUCUGUGACCACCAUCACCCGCCUGGCAGAGGUGGUGAAGCUGGGUGCUGCCAGCCUGGGAUCUGAAGACCCAGAAACUCAGGUGGUCUUGAUCAAUGCUGUGAAGGAUGUGGCCAAGGCACUUGGAGACCUGAUUGGUGCCACCAAGGCAGCUGCUGGCAAAGCUGGGGAUGACCCUGCUGUCUACCAGCUGAAGAACUCUGCCAAGGUUAUGGUGACAAACGUCACUUCCUUGCUGAAAACAGUGAAGGCUGUUGAGGAUGAGGCCACGAAGGGGACACGGGCGCUGGAGGCCACGAUAGAGCACAUACGCCAGGAGCUGGCCGUGUUCUCCUCCCCUGUGCCUCCUGCCAAGGUCUCCACCCCAGAGGACUUCAUCCGCAUGACAAAAGGCAUCACGAUGGCCACAGCCAAAGCGGUGGCCGCUGGCAACUCCUGUCGGCAGGAGGAUGUCAUUGCCACGGCUAACCUGAGCCGUCGCGCCAUCGCGGACAUGCUGCGCGCCUGCAAGGAAGCAGCCUACCACCCGGAGGUGAGUGGGGACGUGCGGCAGCGGGCGCUGCGCUUUGGCAAGGAGUGUGCCGACGGUUACCUGGAGCUGCUGGAGCACGUGCUGGUGAUCCUGCAGAAGCCGACUCACGAGCUGAAGCAGCAGCUGGCAGGCUACUCCAAGCGCGUGGCUAGCUCUGUCACCGAGCUCAUCCAGGCGGCCGAGGCCAUGAAAGGGACGGAGUGGGUUGACCCAGAAGACCCCACUGUCAUUGCUGAGAACGAGUUGCUGGGGGCAGCAGCCGCCAUUGAGGCUGCAGCCAAGAAGCUGGAGCAGCUGAAGCCAAGAGCCAAGCCCAAGCAAGCAGACGAGAGCCUGAACUUCGAGGAACAGAUCCUGGAAGCUGCCAAAUCCAUUGCUGCAGCCACAAGCGCCCUGGUGAAGGCAGCCUCAGCAGCCCAGCGGGAAUUAGUGGCCCAAGGAAAAGUGGGCGCCAUCCCAGCCAAUGCAGUGGAUGAUGGACAGUGGUCCCAGGGUCUCAUUUCAGCUGCACGCAUGGUGGCUGCUGCCACCAACAACCUGUGUGAGGCUGCCAACGCAGCGGUGCAGGGCCAUGCCAGCGAGGAGAAGCUCAUCUCGUCCGCCAAGCAGGUGGCUGCCUCCACAGCCCAGCUCCUGGUGGCCUGCAAGGUGAAGGCUGACCAUGACUCAGAGGCCAUGAAGCGGCUCCAGGCCGCUGGCAAUGCUGUCAAGAGAGCGUCGGACAAUCUGGUGAAGGCAGCUCAGAAGGCAGCUGCCUUCCAGGACCACGAUGAAACGGUGGUGGUGAAGGAGAAGAUGGUCGGGGGAAUUGCACAGAUCAUCGCUGCCCAGGAGGAGAUGCUGCGCAAGGAGCGGGAGCUGGAGGAAGCGCGGAAGAAGCUGGCGAUGAUCCGGCAGCAGCAGUACAAGUUCCUGCCCUCGGAGCUGCGGGACGAGGAGCAGAACUGAGCCGCACGCCCUCCUGCCCACUGCACAGACUGCUGCCCGCCCGCCUGCCCGCUCCUAUUUAAGACGACCCGCCUCAAGCGGAGGGCUGCCUGGGCUAGACCAGAGCUCUGCCCACACCCACAGUGAUGGGACUAACCCAGCUGCCCCUCCAAGCUGGCGCCGCACCAGCAACUCCGCUUCGCUGCCCAGCCCACCUUCCUAUGCACACCCAAGGCACAAUCAGAGCGCUCGGAGGGACUCGGUUGGGGUGGGAGCCGGGGCUGCACUGGCUCAGGGCUCACCUGCCAGCCCCGGGGUUUGGGCCCACAGAGCUCUCCACUGCAAGGGGAUAUUUACUUGUGCCUUCCUCAUUCCCAUUCGUGCCCCUUUCCUCUCUCUCCUCCGCGCGGGACGGGGAGCGGCAGGGGGCUGGCCCUCUCCUGUGCGAUGGCGUGCAGGGAGCAGCAUGGUCCCUCGCUGAGCUCUCAUGCGGAGCUGCCUUUCACCUCCAAUGCCUUACUGUUGGCUGAACCUUCCUCUUCAGUUUCCCUGGGAGGCACGGAGGCUCCCCCAUGAGCAUCCUCUUCAGCCCGGGCCCCUCUGGGGAGCAGCAGGGCUGGAAGCCACAGUGCCUCUGCUCAGGAUGGGGGGUGAUGCGAUGAGUUCACCCCCAGAGCUGUUCUCUGCCUUCCCGCGGAGCUUCUCCCCGCCCGCGGCCCCAGCCAGCUCUGCCUUCCUUCUUCCCAAGUGCCUGCAUUGUUUUCCAAGAUCUACAGUAUUUUUGUAACUUUUCCAUUUCUCUAGUAUUGAGCCUGCAGCUUUCAAAGUUCAUAUAUUUCCCUGCCAGCUUGUGCCCUGCCCACUAACACCAGCUCUCGCCGGGGUCCUGUAGCCCAGUAUCCCACCCCUCCUCGGCUCCGGGACCCCCGUCCCUUCCCCUUUGCACUUGCUGAGGCUUCUCUCACUAUUUUGAUACUUUAAGCAUCCCAUAUUAAACACUGAAGGAAACCAGCUCCCCCCGAGCCUCCGGGGUGGGGUGGGGGAUGCCUCCUUGGAAAGAUGCAUUCAUCAAUAAAAUCUGGUUUUCCUGCA